AUGGGUUCCACACUAAAAAUCCCACCCGCACGACGCCGGGGGGAGCGGGCGGGUCCCCUCAGCCCGGCCCCCGACACCCGCCGGGGAGGCCCGGCCCGGCCCGGCCGCUCGGCCCGUGGCGGCCGCUCCGCUCUGGGCACCGAGGGCCCGUCCCCGCCGCUCACCCGCCCCCAGCCCGGCCCCUCACCCUCACGGCCCCUCACCGCCCAUGGCCGGCCCGGCCCCGCCGCUCCCCGGCCACCGCCGACCCGGAAGCGCCGCGCGGGGCGGAAGCGGCGCCGGCUCCGCUCCUCCCUCAGUCCCGGCCCCGCUCCUCCCUCAGUCCCGGCCCCGCUCCUCCCUCAGCCCCUCUCCUCCCUCCUCCCUGCUGCCCUCCCGCUGUCCCGCGGCGGAGCGGACGAGGCGGCUGGGUACGAGCGUUUUCCACAGUUUAUUGACAGCACAGUCCUUCGGCGGGGCCGGGACACGGGCGGGGAGGGGCCGCCGAGCCCCGGCCCAGGGACAGCGAACGGCUCGGACACGGCACAACCGCGAGCGCCGGGCGGGAGCGGCCCCGGCGCGGCGGGGACAAAAGCGGACGGGAAUCUGCUCCAAAGUCUCUGGAAAGGCGGAGAGGCGGCGGCGAGGACGCGGGGUGGAGCUCGGCCUGUGACCCGCCCGGACCGGGGGCGGUGGCUCGGACAGCGAGAAACGGCAGGUCCCGGGUGCGGCUCUUGCUCCUCCCCGCAGGGUCCGGCGGCAACACAAACACGCUGCUUCCCUCCACAGACACCCAGAACAACGGCAGAGUCGCUUCUGGCAUCACGCUGCUUUGGCGAUUACACAUCCCUUGCAAAAAAGUCCAUUUGCUCCAAAAAAAGUUUAUUUAUAUAUCUCUAUAUAUUUCAAGGAAAAUAUCUGUUUUUACCAAAAUACGAUAUACAGGCACACAGCUGUAAAAUAACUUUAAACCAAUUCACUAUAAAAUUACUUUUGGUAAUAAAUAAUCUGAUUCUCAGAGAGGCAAAACGCUGUACCUCUGCAGCUGUGCUGCCCGAGGCACGGUCCCUCUGCAUUCCCAGAACGCUCCCAGACGCUCCCACCUGUGCUCCCCUCGUCCUUCUCACCGGGUCUUGCCCAGGGCAGAAGCAACUUGUGCUUUUCAGCCUGCAUGAGGCGGAAUCCUGCUCCCUACAAACCACUUCAACGGAGAAACAAAGAUAAACACGUGCCGAAAGCGACCUGCGAAGUCAAUGGGGCAGAUCCUCCCAGCAGGGUUUAUUCUGGAAGGAGCAGCUGCUGGUACGGGGCUGGUGAGGUCUGCUCUGCUC